AUGGUCAGGGAAUCCGAGUCCUCCACCGAGGACAAAGAGCCUCCGAAUAUUGACUGUUUCUCGGAGGCUUUUCCGAAUUUCGAUAUAAACAGCAUCACUCAGGGUGCGCCAACUACAACGGCGGAAACUUGUGUCCAGAGAGACGCGACGCAGUCUGGUUACCAGCCGCCGACCGAAGAACAAAUUCAAGCUGCUAUCCGCCGCGCGAAUCUUGCCUUCAACAACCCGCUUACAAACGUCCCACGACGCGGGCCUCCUGGUGCUGGCCGUGCACGCAAUCGCUCAGCCGAAGUAUCCUUCAACCUUCCCUUCAGAAAUCCUGGGCCCCGAUUAGAGCCACAGCCGCCGUCUGCUCUUCCUCAGGCACCCACCACCAGCUCCCUUCCACCACUUGCGUCAGGUUCAACUCGUGGUCGAGGCAUAUCCGUCCAUGGUAGGGCGGCCUACAUCCCCACAUUACCUGCCGCCAACCGCACUUCGCAGCUGAUACGCCCGCGUGCCACCAACUUCAGCCGACCUAUCGUUGUUGGAGGCUUUGACAACCCUUACCACGAUCAUCUCCAGAGAGUCGCGCGUCGCGAAAUAGAAGAUAGACGUACUCUCGAAUCCUACAGCAGUCCUCCAAGACGUGCUGCUCAGCGGUCUCGACCACUUCCAGAGCUACCCCCUGGCAACACCCCGCUGCCCGUUGUCGCACCCAAUAGUGCUCUUCAGGCCCCUCUCCCCGCUCAGCCCGCCGAUCCACCACACCCUCUGCGAUCAAAUCCGGUCGCUUCGAGCCACCAAGACUCUACCCUCACGCUCCCACGUCGCCGUCCGCGGUCUUCUUCGGUAUCAAUUCCCCCAACCGCAGCUCCUGCCGACUUUCGUAGAACGAUUGAUAAUCAUCCUAUACCCGAAACUAUCCCUGAGGAGGCCCCUAUAGAAGACGACGAUUUCGAGUAUUCGGAAGACCCAGAGAUACACACUGCACAAAUCGGUCGCAUUGUUCGACCGCACAACGACCCCACUACAGACGACUCAUCCGACAUACGGCUUCGUGGUGGAAGUCUUGAGAUCGAAGAUUUCCCCGAGGAAUUCGACCCCAGCUACUACGAGUCCGACGACCUCGAAGACGAUUUGGUCGAGUUGAACGACGAGUUCAACCCCAACAUAUCGGAAGAUUUCAACCCCCACGAAAUCGAGGCACAGUCCCAGGUUUACAAACAAGUUUUGAACAAGAUGGCAAGCCAUAUUCCCCGUCCGGGCCCUGCCCAGCUCUCGCCGAAUGCAGGAUUGGAUGAGUGGUUGGAGGAGGCCAAGCAGUGCCAUUAUCUGCCUGAGCGUGCGAUGAAGGAGCUGUGCGAGUUGGUUAAGGAGGUUCUCAUGGAGGAGUCAAACAUUCAGCCUGUCUGCACACCCGUUACGGUCUGCGGCGAUAUCCAUGGCCAGUUCUACGAUCUGCUAGAGCUGUUCCGCGUUGCGGGUGGAAUGCCAGGCGAAUCUCGAGUUGAAGCACCCAAGACAGCUACCACGGUCAUCAGUCCCGAAGAUAUUGAGCCGCCCACCGAGAUCACUAACCCCAAGCUGAAGAAGAAGGUCAAGAACGCCGGCAGUCCUGCCGCUGAUGACGAAGAGGACGAUGAAGCUGCCGCUGCCGACUCAAGCGCGAUGUCCCGGCCCGAUUCCGCCGUUGAGGUCAGCGCGACCUCUCAGUCUGCCGACACCAGAUUCGUCUUCCUCGGCGAUUUCGUUGAUCGUGGCUACUUCAGUCUGGAGACCUUUACUCUGCUAAUGUGCCUCAAGGCCAAGUACCCUGAUAGAAUUGUCCUCGUCCGUGGUAAUCACGAGUCUCGUCAGAUCACCCAGGUCUACGGAUUCUACGAGGAGUGUCAGCAAAAGUACGGCAACGCCUCGGUUUGGAAGGCUUGCUGCCACGUCUUUGACUUCCUUGUGCUGGCCGCUAUUGUUGACGGCGAGCUUCUGUGUGUCCACGGAGGUCUUAGCCCCGAGAUCCGCACUAUUGACCAGAUUCGUGUCGUUGCUCGUGCCCAGGAGAUUCCUCACGAGGGUGCAUUCUGCGAUCUUGUUUGGUCAGAUCCUGAAGAUGUCGAGACUUGGGCUAUCAGCCCUCGUGGCGCGGGCUGGCUAUUUGGUGACAAGGUUGCCACUGAGUUUAACCAUGUGAACGGUCUUAAGCUCAUUGCCAGAGCUCAUCAACUGGUUAACGAGGGAUACAAGUACCACUUUCCCCAGAACUCGGUCGUCACCGUCUGGUCUGCGCCCAACUAUUGCUACCGCUGUGGCAACGUUGCAUCUAUCAUGACCGUGGACAAGGACAUGAACCCCAAGUUCAGCAUCUUCUCCGCCGUUCCCGAUGACCAACGCCACGUUCCUGCCAACCGCCGCGGUCCUGGUGACUACUUCCUAUGA